UAGUGGAGAAAGCUGCCGCGGCCGAGUUCGGGAUACGAAGCCUAGGUAGAUAUCUCGAUAGUAUAGAUAGAGGCCUAUAGAGACAUAUAUUCUCAAGAUUCGAGUCUUACUAGAGAAUUAAUCCUGAGAUACCUAUAAGGAGUUAACCGAUUUACAAUACAAUAUGGGAUCUUUUAUUAGCAAGGCCAAAUCAAAGACGGGCUCGACCACAUCAGGUCCUGUCCCGAUGUCUUACUACUCCAAUGCGCAGAGCACCAAGCCGCCGCUAAUUGCAAACGAUAAUGCAUUUCUAGGCGAUGUUUCGACGUCCGAGAAUCUCGACCCCGCGAAACCUAUCUCGGCCGGGUUCUACCGUUUGGAGAAGGGAACACCGCUUGUAUACGAGUAUACAUACCACGAGAUGAAGGUAAUUGUUGAGGGUAGCUUUGAUAUAAGCGAUGAAGCAGGCAACAAAGUGCACGCUGUGCCUGGCGAUGUUUUCUAUUUCCCCAAGGGCUCAAAGAUCACCUUUACUACGGAUGACUAUGGGCUUGGCUUCUACUGUGGGCAGAGAAAGAAGGAUAGCGCAUAAGGUGAUAUUGUGUGUAUACAGGGGCACGUCAUUAUUCUAGUAUCGGAAAGGGGGUCGCGCGAGUAAUCACUCGACUGGCCAUACAGUCAAGCCAGAGUAUAUAGUACUGAAAAGAUACCACGUUUUUGCAUGUUAUAUAAGGGCAAAUGAGUGAACUGACCAUCUCGAUAUUAUUGGUUACGGUAUUACGGGGGUCUUUGCCUUGGUAAGUACUAUGUAGUCGUAAAGCGGACAGCCAAGGCUUAAAGAUACAUGCCACACUGAUAGUAAAGUAGAGAAGGAAAUCGAAAGAGAACCAAAUAUGAGAACAUCGUGAAACAGGGGAUGGAUUGCAAAUGGUGACACGGAAGGAAUUCCUGAGAUAGAA